AUGAUAAUUAAAGGAAGUAAUUUUAGUGUAAUGGAUAAUUCAGGAGCAAGAAAAGUACAAUGUAUUCAAACAUUAGAAGGAAAAAAACCAACAAGCUUAUUAAGAGUUGGUGAUAAAAUUGUAGUUGUAAUAAAAAAAAUGGAAAAAAGAAAAGGAGGAAAAUACAAAUUAAAAGUAAAAAAAAGUGAUGUAUGUUAUGCAGUAAUAGUAAAAAGUAAACAACCAGUAAGACGAAAAUCAGGGAUUAUAGUUAAUGCAGGGGAAAAUGGAGUAAUCUUAUUAACAAAAACAAAAGAACCAAUAGGAACACGAUUAACAGGAGUAGUAUUUAAAGAAGUACAACGAACGGGAUUAUUAAAAAAUGUAUCAAUAUCAAAAUAUAUAAUAUAA